AUGGGUACUCUAUGCGCGAACCAAGGAUUUGACAAAGACUCGGCUGUCAAGCACAGCUUCUUUCGCACGGCUGACAAAGGAUUUGGCUUGCGCCUGGAUGUGGCUGUGCACGCAGGCCAACACAAGGACGAAUUCUUCCGGCGUUUCCGCAACAUGUCCCACGCCCAAGUGCCCGACUACUACUUCAUGCAGUUACUGUAUCUCCAAGUACGUAAGUGGACGCCAAGGUGUACGGAAACAACUCGCGUUUCAUCAACCACACCUGUGAGCCGAACUGUACGGAAACAACUCGCGUUUCAUCAACCACACCAGUGAGCCGAACUGCAUCGCCGAGGUGUGUGGACACUGCAUGGUGAGAAGAGAAUUGCCAUUACGGCAAUGACCAAUAUUGAUGCCGACGUCGAAGUUACUUUCAACUACAAGUGGUCUACGCAAGCCAAGAUGAACACGUUUCCAUGCUAGUGCGGUUCAGCCAAGUGUUGCGGUUGGAUGUGAACGUGAACAACGACAAGUCAAGUUGAUAAUUCCUUAAU